GGACACACGGACCCAAACACAAAUUUCAGAUAAUAUUAUUAAACUUCACCAAUGAACUCAGCUCUUUCAUUUCCCCCCUUCAUUUCCAUUUCCUCAGUUUCUCCUCUUCCAUCGCCUAGGACUCUCUCUCCUCGUUGUUGCAACUCUAUUCCUUCUCAAGAUAUGGAGGCAAAACCAAGUCAAGGCCUUUACCCACUUCAUCGUUGCAAAACCAUACAUCUGGUAAGACAUGCUCAAGGGGUUCAUAACGUAGAAGGAGAGAAGAACCAUGAUGCUUACUUAUCUGAGGAUCUCUUUGACGCACAUCUUACUCCUCUCGGAUGGCAACAGGUUGAUAACCUGCGCAAGCAUGUUAAGGCAAGUGGGAUCUCUAACAGGAUUGAGUUGGUUAUUGUGUCGCCUCUGCUCAGGACUUUGCAAACUGCGGUUGGAACUUUUGGAGGAGAGGGUUACAUAGAUGGCGUUGAUGCACCUCCGCUUAUGACGACUGGUGCAGGAAGCAGCGACCGUCCUGCUAUAUCAAGCUUAAAUCGUCCACCGUUCAUUGCAGUUGAAUCUUGCCGAGAACAUUUGGGUGUUCAUCCUUGUGACAGAAGAAGCAGUAUCACCAAGUACCGCGAGUUAUUCCCUGCAGUUGAUUUUUCAUUGGCAUAAACUGACGAAGAUGUCUUGUGGAAGCCUGAGAUCAGAGAGGAGGACAAAGAUCUCGCAGCCAGAGGCGUGAAAUUCAUGAACUGGUUGAGUACAAGGAAAGAAAAGGAAAUUGCAGUUGUUACUCAUAGUGGGUUCUUGUAUCAUACAUUAAACUCAUUUGGAAACGAUUGUGUUCCAACCGUGAAAAGCGAGAUAUCUUCACAUUUCGCUAACUGUGAGCUUCGUUCGGUAGUUCUUGUGGAUAAAUGCAUGAACGGUUCGGAUCCUCCUGUGACUAACUAUCCCGGAAAAAUACCUUCCGGAGAAGAUCUUCCGAGUGAUCUUGCUGAUGAGAAGUAGUUGGAGAUACGAAAGUGAUGAGAAAUAUGUUAAACCUUAUUAUAAAUCUCGAGAGUUUUAUUAAUGCUUUUUUAAAAAAUAAACUAACAAAGUUGAUUCCUUGACAUUGACACUGAGAUGGCCUCUUUGUGAUCAUAUUUUGGGAUUCAAGAAUUUGUUCUUC